AUGGCCUCUGGGCAUAAUGAUCCGAAGCUCCUCUACGCCGUAAAUGGCGUCAAGGCUUACCACAUUGCCAAUGGCGACGAGCAGUCCCUCACGCCCUCGGGCCCGCAAACGCUGUCGCUCCUCAUGGUCCCGACCUCGUCUGGCUUCGCCGACCCUUCUGGCCUCGCGCGCGGCAACGGCGAGGAGGACUUUUACCUGCACUUGCAUCUCCCGCCCGAGCUUGACCUCCCCAUGCCCGCGACGACGCAAAUCUACCACCAGCCGCCCAGCAGCUACCUGAUCCCCCGGUGGGACCUUGGCCCUGGCAGCGGCGCCUUUACGCGCCUCGAGUUCCCCGCCGCCAACAGUCGCGCGGGGGUUCAGGAGGACGUUGACACCUUUGAGACGAUUCUGGCGCAGUGCACCGCUUUCCUUGAGCGCGCGCCGCCUCCGAGGCCCCCGCGCUCCAAGGCUGCCGAGGCCAAGGCGAGAGAAGCGGCGGGCGACGCGCCGCCGCCCUACAACCCAGCUAGCUUCGAGGCGGGCGAAGCAUACGUCCAGGGCAGCGCCAGCUCGCAAGUCGGCGGCAGAAUUGUACUGGUCGACGAGGAGGAUGGUAGCGUAAUUGGGGAGCUGAGCGACGGCUUCAAGGUUGUCGAGGACAGUGGUGUACGUCCUGGUACCAAGGACCCCGUCGAAAUUACCCUCCCCCAGGACGGAUCCCACAACAUUUCCGUCGAGCCGGUCGAGUACGACUACAUCGAAGACUCUGUCCACCCCGCCUACAAAAAGUCCACUCUCGUCAGCAGCGCCACCCGCGCGUCGCGGCUCCUCAUCACCACUUCCGACUACGUCGGCAAGAUGCUGCAGAACCAGGCCGACAGCUUCACGCACAAGACUGAGCCCGUCGCCAACCCCGUCACCUUUACGCCCGCCACGCACGAGCGCAUCCGCCGCAUCAACCAGUUCUCCUCAAAAGCCGCCGGCCUCUCCGCCUCCACCGUCGGCUCCAUCAGCAAGGUCACCCAGAACCUCGCCUCCAACAUCCGCCGCAAGGACGGCAAGGCCCGCGGCUAUGACAAGGACGGCAACAUGAUUGACAGCUACAAGCCCGGCAUCCUCAAUAAGAGCCUCAUGGCCUUCAACACCAUUGUCGACGGCGCCGAGCACGCUGGCAAGUCGCUGCUCAACAGCACCUCAAGCAGCGUCUCCACCAUGGUCGGCCACCGCUGGGGUCCCGAUGCAGGCGAAGCUGCAAGGAACAUUGGAGGCGGCUUCAAGAAUGUCGGUCUUGUCUACAUUGACGUCACCGGUGUUUCGAGACGCGCUAUCCUCAAGAGCGUUGCCCAGGGUAUGCUGGUCGGUCACGUCAAGGAUGGCGGCAAGGUCUAUGUCGGCGGCAAUGGCGAUGCUUCGCUAUCGGGGGCCAACGGUCCCAGUAAGCCGGCUGCUGCUGCUGCUGCCUACGGUGACUCCAAGGGCAAAAAGCCAUCCAAAUAA